UGUAAUGGAAACUAACAAAUGUAUUUUUUCUUUCUUUCUGUCUUUGCUCAGUUACCGAAUCUAUGAUGAUGAUGUUGCCAGUGAUGUGAGUAACGGCCAGGGCGAAAGUCCUUUAGACAAUGAACUGAGGGAAAAUGGUCCUUUGCUGCCACAUAACACCCACACAGUGAAAAUUGAGGGUCAGAGUAAUUCUCCCACCCCUCCACUGACUACAGACCCCUCGCUCGGCAGCCCUGCCAGAACCCAACAAGUUAUCCCAGAAAGUAUUAACAACACAGACCAAGACAAUGUAGUUCUUCAAAGUCCAAACAAAGGCAGACCAGCUGAUAUCAAGAAUAACCCAGAGGAAACAGCCACAGAUGGGCCGCAAGAGGAAGAGGUAGAGGAAGAAGAGGACCUGAUGAAGGUUUCUGACAGUCCAACACGAGAACAACCGACAAGUCCUAGUCAACUUCCAGCGUAUAUCUCUGCUACGGAUAAUGAGAUUAAGCAGUUGGCAAGUUGAUAUGCCAUAAUAGUGAUCUUCAUGCCAUUUCUACGCCUGCAUCUGUAAUUUCAAUGUGAACGCUGUCUCUUACACUUUAAACAUUAAAUUAGUCUCCAAGAACACGCAUUAAACCAUUCUCUCAAAGAACAUAGAUUAAACCCUUCUCCAAGCAUCACAUUAAGCAAUUCUCUCAAAGAAUACCCAUUGAAAAUCUUUUCAAGAACACAAUUCAAACUAUCCUGCUAGAAUACAGACUAAACCAUUCUCCAAAAAAAAAGAAAAAAACUUUCUCCAAGAACAUGUGUCAAACCAAUAUGAAAAUCCUCCAAACUUUAACAGUUUUUAAUUGUUGUUGUUGUUGUUUAACCCCAGGUCAAGUAUAACCAAGCAGUUCUAUGACCAUUCCAUCAUAUUUUCAAACAUUGUGUCCCAAGAACACAUUACCCAGUAUGUACUUCUUUUUUUUAAAGGCUGCAAGGCAUAUUCUGAGUGGAAUUUGAUUGCACUUUCUUGCAGAUUGAGUAACUAUGUGGAAGCACCUAGAUUUUUCUUUUUGUUUCAGUUUCUUUUGAUUUAUUCUUCCAACAAGGUACAUACAGCAAGGUACAUGUAACUAGGUACAUGCAACUAGGUGCAUCAAGAUACUUACAUCAAGGUACCAACAUGCUAGACCCCAGAUCAGAUGAUUCUUGUUUGUUUUUGCAGUAUUUUUCUCAUUAUAACAAUUAGUAUUGUCCCUAAGCAAUGAUACAUCUGAUCUCGGUCAGGAAUUGAACCCUUGUCUUUAAUUUACCAAUGUGUCUGUUACAGUCCCCACUGAGCCAUUAUUCUACAAGUCAAUGCUUGUUUUCCCAUAUUAGGGUUCUCCCCUUAAACAUUCAAAUAAAAACAUUUACAUCCAUUCUUUUUUCGCUCCUCCAAGAUCUGCACUGUGGGCCAGUGGUAAAGUAGACCCAACUGGUAAAGUAAAAUUUUCUGGUUCAAUCUCUGGCCAAGUUUAGCAACAUAACCUGAAAAUGAUUAGAGAGAAUACCAACCGAAUUGUUAUGUCAGCAAAACUCCCAAAGCAAAGAAAAUAAAACAAUCAAACUUCA